AUGGGAGAAACAGAAGAGAAAGAAGUGAAGAAUCAUGGUGAUAAUAAAGAAGAGGAACACAACAAGGCUGAGAAAACAGAGAAGAAGGAGAAGAAGAAGGAUAAAGAUAAGAAGGAUAAGCACGAGGAUGCUGGAGGAGAAGAAGGAGAAGAUCAAGAGAAGAAGGGCAAGAAGAAAGAUAAGAAGGCGAAGAAAGAGAAGAACCCUGAAGAUAAGAAAGAUCCUGAGAAGUUGAAGAUGAAACUUCAGAAGAUUGAAGAGAAGAUCCAAGCUAUGGUCGUGAAGAAAGACGAGAUCUUGAAGCUUAUUCAGGAGGCUGAACAAGCUAAAGGUAGUGCGGUCGUAGAUGCACCACCACCACCAACUAAUUAA